CUCAAGAUUUCGAGUGCCCGAUGGAAGAGGGAACAUUUGCCCACGAAACAUACUGCUACCUCUACUAUGUCUGCAUCGAAUACCACCACACCCUCUUGGAAUGCUUUGGAGACAACCUUUUCGAUGAUGUCAAGAAAACAUGCGAGGAUCCAGAAAUAGUCGAUUGCGGAGAUCGCCUUCCUAGACCGACAAGAAACUUCAAGUACGUCGACAACAGAAACGACAGAGAUGACAACGGAAUCGCCCACGACGACGGAAUCGCCCACGACGACGGAAUCGCCCACGACGACGGAAUCGCCUACGACGACGGAAUCGCCCACGACGACGGAAUCGCCUACGACGACGGAAUCGCCCGCGACGACAGGAACAGGUGA